UUCGACCAGACAAUUACUUUAUUUUUCCGCAGUACUCUCUCACCGAAGCCGUCGAACCAAACCAAGUUCCUCCAAAACCUAGGCCCUGUAGUGAUUUCAGUCUCAAGUGAUAGCCCAAAACAUUAAAAGAAAGGAAAAAAAAAACCCUAGGUCCGGAAAUCACAGUGGCGCCCAAAACGUGAAUCACCACAUAAUACUUCAUCCCUUCGCAUGGCAGCUUGUUAAUUUGCAGAGGGCUGUCGUUGGAAAGGAUUCAAACUUCCAAGACCACUAAAAGUACAAAAUCGACCUCUUCAACCGGCAAAUCUAACUCUAAUCCCCCCCCCCCCCACCAAAAAAAUCCUUAGGUCUGGGAACAAGAAAAGAAUAUUAGAAAAAGAUAAUGAAUGCUGCAGUGUCAUUCAUGGGAGGAACCAACGGCGACAAGAAGGGCUUGACUGCAACACUGGCAGCCAACCCAGGAGAGCUUAAGCUCCGAGCUUCCCUAUUAGACACCAAUUUCACAGAUGGUUCCACCUUAAACCUUGAUGACCUAUUACUCUCUGUUGAGAAGCCUGGUUCUUUCAUCAUCGACUUUGACACUUCCAAAAAGGAUGUUCAAUUUCAGUUCAUGAACACGUUGAAAGUGGAGGGUAAACAGGUAAAUUGGACAUACUCUCAUGGGAGGAAUGAGAACCGGACAGUACUGGACGGGACCCUGUUGUUAGAUACGGCCAACAAGGUAUCCGCAAGCCAUGAGCUCGGUUCUGUUAACUGCAAGUUGAAGUACAGUUAUGUGCAUAGAGGACUGACAACGUUUGAGCCCUGCUAUGAUUUGGCCAAGAAGUCUUGGGACUUAGCCGUGUCAAGGAGAGUUCUAGGUGGUGAUCUAAUCAAAGCCACCUAUGAGACAUCGAGUAGGGUUUUGGGUGUGGAGUGGUCGUGUAGCUCAUUGGUCAAUGAAGAUGGAAGGAUUAAGGUUUCAGCAUCUUUCAAUCUGGCAGAGGGUUUACACACGCCAAAACUAAGUGUCCAGAGUAUGUGGAACUUUCAGGCAUAGUUUCCCGAUAAUGUGCUUUGAUAUAUAUUUUUUUUUGGUAACAUAUAAAACAGAUAGUUAUAUUCAAUAUGCUAUCAGCCUGUACCUUGUUCAUAUGAGAUUCCACUUUAGGUAUCAUACACUGUUAGCAUUAGUUUAGCUCCAAAGCAAGAAAUUGGCUACCCUGGAAUUGUCGACUGUUAUUCUUAAUCUUCUCUAAUCAAGGUGAAUUUUGCUUCUCUUAUGCACUGAAUCUGAUGCAACCAUGAAGUUCUGUCAACCAUCCUUGACUUUUUAGAUGCAAGAAUUUGUGCUAUAAAAAAUUUGAAGGUGUAGUCAAAAAGUUACUUCUGGUGGAAACCUUGACAUAUAUCUUGAAAUUCUGCCAGAAAAUUUAUUUGCAUUUGGUAUAUGUUUUUAUGAAUGAAGAGCGUUUAUGAACUCAAGUAUAUAGGAAGACAAAAUGUGGGUUAAAUGAAUUAGAUAUUACUCUAUUUAGACAACA